AUGCCGUGGAAGCCACUCCCGGCAGUGGCAUUCGCAAUAUGUGUCUACCCCUUUCAAGCGACCCAUUCCCACGACCUCCCCCUUCAGAUCGGCGACAAUAUCUACAUCAUCGAGCAAGGAGGAUACGACAAUGAGUGGUAUCGAGGAUAUUUGGUCGCGCCCCCUUCCCUACUGGCUGGCCUCACUAGCGACAGUGGACAGCAGCUCGAACACCGGGUCUUCUCUGGCAUCUUCCCACGGAAUUGCGUCGAGAUCAGGGAGCUGCUGGGCGAGAACAAGUCCAGUGCAGAUGCGAGAGCUGCUGCGGCAGAGGCGUUGGAAGGCAAAGCGGACGAUGAAGCGCCGCUGGAGAGGAGAAAGAGCCAGGCCCAGUAUGCGCGGCGGUUGAGUCGCGCGCUGAGCCGGAAGAGGAGUACGACAGACAUGCAGAAGAAGGUGCGGCAGGUGUAUAUUGAUGCCUCGGAGCCUAUGCCACGCGAUCCCAAUGCGCCGAAGCCGUUGGCUCCUGUGCCUAUGCUCAGAGUAGGGGAUGAGAUGGGUUCGGCUGUAGAGGAGCCAUUGGUGGACGAGAUUGCUUCUUGUCUACGGGAAUGGCAUGAUGCUCGACUUCAUGAGAUGCUGCUAGCGAGAGGGUACAGCCAGCUCGUCCGGGUGCAAGAACUCGUCAAGCGGGUGGAUACCAGCAGGAAGCAGCUUAUGCACGAUGUCAUGACAAUGAGGGAGCUUACUACACUGCGGGAAGACACUGUGUGGGACCUUGUGGCUGGCAAUAAGAUGUUGAACGACGAAAUCAUCGUUCGAAGUCCAACGGAGAAAGGGCGGAUAUUGACUGCAGACGACUCUGUGAUCGAGAUGACAAGACUACAGGCCAACAUGAGCAUACUGGACCGACCUCCUAAGCCGCCGGCUGAUCUGCACAUGCAAUACCAUGUACUGAUUGACGUCCACAAUCUCGUGGGCGACUUCGACACGCCGGCGCAGCUGCAGAUCUACCUUUGUGUCAAGGAGUUUGGCGAGAAGCCAAAACCGGUCAGCGAGAACUACGCCAUCUCAUUGCCACUCCCCGAUACUCCUUCCAAAAAUCCUGAGGACUUGACAAAGGUCGUCUUUGCGAAUCUGAGCGCUACUGACAUCGGCAUUGGCUCGGAUUCGACACAGAUGUACGCCGUCUUCAAGCUCAUACAGGAUGAGCCAGUGCGCAACGCUUUGGCGAACGAGCCUCUGCUUGGACACCAGGCCAAGUCAUCCGUCUCGUCGGGGUCUGGCGAGCCUCUUCAGCCACCCCAGAAGUUUGCAAGCUUAAAAGGCAGGCGCAGCGUUUUCGGAAGCCAGAAAAAGAGCGACAGCAUGCUUCGGUCAACGUCUGACAACUCACGUCGACCGGCCACGGGACAGUCGCAGCGCUCUAAUUCUGACGUUCGUUCGACCAACUCGACUAUCGACCCGCCUUCUUCACACGACACAAAGGUUGUGAAGCGGACAGUUGGCGUGGGCGCUGUAGAGGUCGGCCGGCUUGCGCAGCAACAGAGCGAGCUGGAUACAAAAGUGGCCAUGUGGGCUCCAGCAUCAUCGGCAGCGAACGAUAAGAGCGACGAGAGUCACGAUUGGAGCGAGAUCAUCCGUGAGCUGCAGAGAAGCGUUAAUGGAGGCUACUCUCGUGUCGGCAUAUUAAAGCGCUUUGACGUCUUUGCUACAGCUUUUGCGUCAACCGACAUCGACACGCUUAUCCGCAACAAUCCUACCCUCCUACAUGACGUGCAUAUGGCUGAGAAACUUGGCUUCUCUGGCGUGCCGACUCACAAGCGAUCUGACAUCUAUCUCACGUUGUCAGAACCUACCAUCGGGCGGAACGCAGCCUUACAGCACUCGAAAUUCGGCAAUGUGCCGCUUGCCCAGCGAUGCCAGAGUAACAUGGCGAACCUCCAGCUCACCCUUGAAGUCCGCAAAGGGAAUGGUGAGCGCAUCGAUGACUGCAUCUUCACUGCUUCCAACCACCAGGGCCAUACUGCUUGGCGCACUACUGCUGUCGAGCGAGGCGAAGCCUGGAAUCAAACCAUCAAGCUCGCUAUACCUACCGAAGAUGUUCCAGGCAGUCACAUUGUUAUGAGCAUUGCGGACUCGCCGAACUUCCCGUUUGCGCUCUCCUGGAUCCCACUGUGGGAGCACGAUGCUUUCGUUCGAGAUGGAGACCACCAGGUAGCGCUUUACGUCUACGACGAGUACUCGUCCAGCAUCAUCGGCGGCAAGGGCGCUUACCUUGCGCUGCCCCCUUGGCACGACAAGAAGAACGAGCCUGGGUAUGGCACAUCCGCUACCGUCUCCAUCCGCACCUACCUCUGCAGCACGGAAUACUCACAAGACCCGAACUUGCUCGGCUUGCUGAACUGGCGCAAUUUCCACGGCGCAAAGCUCGUCGAGCUCCUCGAGCGCUUCUCCUUUGUGCCUGAGAUCGAAGUCGUGAAGCUGCUCGGGGAAAUCUUUGACGCGCACUUCGAGAUCUUGCAUGAGUAUGCCAAUAGCGAAGCCUACGAGGACGUCGUCUUCCACAACUUUGUCGUGAUUUUUGGCAUUGCUCGUGACAGGCGGUUCAGUUUGACGAAUGUGAUCGAGCAUCAUGCUCGCACGAGGCACGAUUGGCCGUACGCGAGUCGAUGUCUGGUCAGAGCGUACCUCCGCCUGGUGUCGAAUCCGAUGGACUCAGAGGCGUCUCGGAAGCUGCGUGAGACACUGAAGGUUGGAGACCAGAUGCUACGACUGAUUGUGGAGACGCAAAAGGAACGACCGGAAAAUGCGGGCGCGGAGAUGAAUGGCGACUAUGAUCAACGGCAUCCAGACUUUCAGCAAGAUCUACAGAACCUGUUCGUGGCGCUGAUGGCGCUGAUGCGCAACCCGAUGCCGGUCCUUCUGGGCACUCAGACGCUGGUGGUACAGCACUUCCACACCUGGCUCCCGGAACUUGCAGCCUUUAUGCCAUACGAAGACAUCCUGGAAGUAGCCACCAACCUCCUCGACGCUUGCGCGCACGCAAAGGGCAAGAUGAUCCUCUUCCGCCUCAUCCUGAUCAUCAACUACAGCCAUCUGGACAUCUUCAAAGCUCCAGAGAUCCGUACCACCUUGGUCGCGAACACUUUCCGCUGGUUGGCGCCGUACUGGGGCGACUGCGUAAAUGUGACAGACCAGUGGCGAGAUCAAGUACGGCUCUGCUGUUCCGUUGUUGCGGCGCAGAUGGAGGAGCUGGGUGAGGAUACGUGCCAAUACGUCCCCAAGCUUGUGGCUUCUUACAGCGCGCUGGAGAAGUCCCAACGCAAGGCGAAGAAGUCUUUCAGUAUGCUUUUCCCGACUAGCUUCCCUUUUCCUUCGAAAGCGACGGCGAAGGAGGUGGGCGUGGAUGAAGCGAUGCUGGAGAUCUCGGCUUUACUUGCCGCGGCGCUGACGACACAGCAACGGUUGUACUUUGAUGCGAAUCAGGUCGAUAUCCCUGGUGUGCUGUUGCAGGCACUUAAGGUCGAGCAGAGCGUGUUGAAGGGACAAGCAUUUCCACGCAGUUGGUUGAGCUUGCAUGUCAGUCAUCACCGCUUCUCCAUCAAUGCCUUGGAGCGAAUCUUCGAGGUGCUGGUGGAAUUCUUACCGGACUCGAACGCACCGGAUAUGGAAGAUGCUAUUGAGUUUGACACUGAAAUCUGGCGCGCUUUCUUCGAGACGCUGUUUGCGGCCGUUAGCAGCUCGGCGCUGGCUAUGGAGACGUUUCCGGAGCAGAAGCGGAGGGCGAUUUGGAAGAUUGCUGGGGAUGUGCGGGAGAUAGGCGCUGAUCUGAUUCGGCGCAGCUGGGAUGCUAUUGGAUGGGAGGCCGAUGAUGAGAGUAAGAAGUUGCACGGCUUCGAGCGCAUCGGCGGCUACCAGGUGCAGUUCGUGCCUGAGCUCAUUGCUCCGAUCGUCGAGUUGUGCUUAAGCGUCCACGGCAGUCUGCGGAACGUGGCGGUCGAGGUGUUACGCACCAUGAUCAUCAGUAACUGGGAGAUCGACCAGGACCUUGCUGUUAUCCAGUCGGCGAUGAUCGAAUGUCUGGAUAAUUUGUGCCGGAGCCAGAAGGUCUCAGAGUCCAUGCUGCAGACGACGUUUAUCGACGAGAUGAUCACGCAGUUCCAGCCGUUGCAGAAUACGGUGGAAGAUAGCUUGUACCUCGCUGUCAUGGAGAUGUUUGGCCGGAUCGAGGAGUUGCUGAGUAUGCUGGCGAGUGUGCAUCGCGGAGGUGCGAUCAACGAGGCUACGCGGAUUGUGGAUACUUUGCGCUUGAUGGAGUUUCUUAAGGAUGUGCAGUCCGAGGAGGCGUACAUCCGAUACGUGCAUCAAUUGGCGUCGGUGCAAGCCGCUGCUGGCAAUCAUACUGAAGCUGGACUCGCGCUGCACAUGCAUGCUGAACGGCUGGAAUGGGAUCCCACGACACAACUGGAGGAGGUGGCAGAGCCCAAGCUGCCGGCUCAAUCGGCCUUCGAACGCAAAGAAGCGCUGUACUUCGAGAUGUGCGAGUACUUUGAAAAAGGCAAGUGCUGGCACCGCGCUCUGGCGGCUUAUCGCGAACUCGGCCAUCAGUACGAGCACAACACUUUCGACUAUUCGAAGCUGGCGAGGUCACAGCGGGCUAUAGCUACCAUCCAUGAGAAGAUCGCAAAGGGCGACCGCAUCAGUCCGCGCUUCUUCCGGGUGGUGUACAGAGGUCUGGGCUUUUCACCGAACUUGCGGGACAAGGAGUUCAUUUUCGAAGGCCAGCCUGAGGAUCGUCAAGCCAAUUUCGAAGAGCGUCUGCAGCAGUUGCACCCGAUCGCGCACAUUACUCGUGCUGAAAAGGAGACCGAUGUCGAAGGCCAGCAUUUGCUGGUGUACCCCGUCAGUGCGAAUAAGGAUUUGCGGCAUAUGCUCUACCAGCGCACCAAGGUGUCGCAGUCAGCUAGGGAGUACAUUUUGCUCUCGAAUCCUUCGCGGUUCGCUACCACGUCUCGGCAAUUGCAGCAGGAUGUCCCGGUCACGGAGCAAGCGGUCGAAAAGGAGAUUUACACCACGGCGGAGCCUUUCCCGACUCUGCUCAGUCGAAGCGAGAUUGUUGCAACUGAGGCGGUAAUGCUUUCGCCGGUUGAGGCUGCUGUUGAACGUACUACGAGGAAAACGCAGGAGAUCUUGUCGUUGGAGAAGAGGGUCUCGAGCGGGGAGGAUGAGAGUGCUAUGAACAGGUUGUCGGACGAGCUGUUGCUGUCUGUCGACCCGCAGUCGGACAGCAGUGUUUCGCGGUAUCGCAGCCUUCUGCCGAGAGCACAGCAAGGCGAUGCUGCCUCCGGUGACGACGAGUACGCUAUGCUGGAGCAGGAAGAGGAGCCUUUGGGUCCCAUGCAAAACGCUCUCAGGGUAGCUUUACUCGACCACACCCUCGCCAUCCGCCGCUGUCUAAGCCUGUACACCAGCUCCGCAUACGUCGCCACCAAAGCCGAGCUCGUGCCCCGUUUCGAAGCGACCUACGAAGUCGAAAUCACCACCCUCUUCCCCAACGGCGACGGCCUCAUGGACGAAGCGAGCCGCCGCUCCUCCCUCGAAGAACGCCGCGCGAGAGCUUCCACUCGCACCGCCGACCAAGCGGCUCCAGGCGCGCAGCAAGACCAAGCUCCCGCCGAUGGCUCCCAGGAUCCUCCGCGCACGCACUCCCGCCGCCGCUCCCUGCCUUUCCUCCGACGCAUGGCGUCCGGGAAUACACGACAACCGAACGGCGAACCGGAAGAAGGCGGUGGAAGGGCGACUUCGCGCCAAUCGAGCCGUAGUCGGACGAGGGGCGAGAGUCUGACAAGGAGGCUGAGCUUUUUCAGGAACGAGCAGCAGCAGCAUGAGGCGGGGUUGAAGCCAGGGUCUUCGGCGGGGGGGAGUACGUUGCAUGCUAAUGGGACGGCUGGGGCGGAAGGAGGGGGGAGUUUGAAGAAGCGGUUGAGUUUUUUGAAGGCGACGGGGGGGAGUGGGUUAGGAGGUGGUGGUGGUGGGGAGGUCUAUUGA